AAAAAUAAUGGUGUCCUGUUAUUGUUUUUGUUGUAACUGCAAAAUAUCCCCCAAAUCGGCUUUCGGGAAAUAUUGUGAGAGUGACAGUCCUUGACCAGAUAAAACGGGUCGUUCCGGCAUAAAGUCGCGAGAACUAUUGGAUAUUGCUCGCCUCUUACGACAGGCAUGCAUUACCAUGAGGAUGAAUUCUUGAGACCCUAAACCGCAGGGGAAAUUAAGGUUUAAUGCUUAAAGUUGGCUAUUAGGGUGUUAAUUAUAUUAUCUAUAAUUUGGGAUGUUGGUCGGGCUUGCAAUCCCGAAUAAGGAGUAUGCACUACUAAGGAAUAGAAAAAAUGUUAUGGACCGAAAAUUUUUAUUAGAAAGUCAACUUUAGUUCCACCCUAACAACAAUUCACACAUAUUUUUUUACAACAGAGCUGGCAGCUCUGCCAACGAAAGAGCUGAAAGACCAUGGUUUUAAUGUAUUUUACAUUACUUGUAUUCGAAACUAAUUAAAAAGUGGAGAUAUGGCCAAUAGCUACGACAUACCCAGUUGGGCUGGUAAACCUCCCACUGGGCUGCAUUUAGAUGUUCUAAAGGAAGACAAGCUUGUCCAGAAGCUUAUGGUGGAUGAGAAACGAUGCUACCUCUUCGGUCGUAAUAGCCAAAUGAAUGAUUUUUGUAUUGAUCACGCUUCUUGUUCCCGUGUGCAUUCAGCUUUUGUGUACCAUAAGCACUUGAAUAUCGCUUAUUUAGUUGAUUUGGGCUCAACACAUGGCACAUUUAUUGGUACAUUGCGGCUGGAGCCCCAUAAACCGACGCAGCUACAAAUUAAUAGCACAUUUCAUUUCGGCGCAUCUACGCGACGUUAUAUUUUGAGAGAACGUCCUUCGGCUGGUCAACGCAACAGCAUUAUGGAAGAUUUACCUAUGAAUGAGACAAGUGAUGGAGCUUUGCUUGGCUUGCCCGAGAGUCAAACCGAAUUGGAUAAUCUCACCGAAUACAAUACUGCUCACAAUCGGCGAAUUUCGAUGUUAGGUAUUGCAGAUGAUAACUUGCGCAAGCAAAAUGCUGCAAAACAAAGCAAUCGGAAACGGCGUAAUGUUACCUUUAAUGACGAAGAAAUUAUCAUUAAUCCAGAAGAUGUUGAUCCAACAGUAGGACGUUUUCGAAAUUUGAUACAAACAACAGUUGUACCAGCGAAAAGAGCACGUUUUGAUUCGGGUAAUCAUAUGGGAAUUCAGUCUUCGCCAAAUAAUGGUACUAUAUCGUCAAGCACCACAAGUAGCCAUCAAAUAUUCCAACAAAGCUUAGCUGAAUUAAAGCAGCAAGUGGUUGCCGCACCGUUGUCGCCCACUUCUCUAUAUCAAGGGCUACCCGCCUCCGUGCAUGAUUCACAUCCAAAUUCUAGUCUAAAGUUCAACAACAGCAGUUCUGACUUUGAUAUUACACCAAUUGCUAUGGGUACGAAAUUAGGUCUAUUAUUGCCCAACCCAGCGCCUGAUGUAACACCCGUUGUGGUGGAGCCAUCUCAAGUUAAAUCUGCAGCCGUACAAGGUGCUGCGCAAAAAUUAGGGCAAGUCAAUGCAAAUUUGCGUUUCGAACAACACGGAGCCUCUGCAUCGGAGGGCGGUGUGCAUGGACCCCAAAAGAAGAAAUAUGCUAAAGAGGCAUGGCCCGGACGGAAACCAAUGCUUGGUCAGCUGUAAAUGUAAUUUUUGAUAUGCGAACAAGAAGAUGGUGUUGAUUUUUGAUGGAAUUUUAAGUAAAAUAUCAAUAACACCUACACAUAUACAUUUGUAUGUAUAUAUAACAAGAAUAGUUUUUCUUCUCGAUCGAGGGAGGCAUAAAAGUGGGAGUUUUUCGUUUCUUGUUUCUUGAAAAAAAAAUAAAAAAAUAAAGUCAAAAUCUUUGUCUUAAACACAA